UACGGUUGCGCGCUCUCAGACGUCCAGCGCCUCUGAGUCUGGACGCAUACCUCGGAAAUGGACACACCAAUCAACAAAAAGGUGUGCUACUACUACGAUGGGGAUAUCGGCAAUUACUAUUAUGGCCAAGGGCAUCCAAUGAAACCUCAUCGUAUACGGAUGACCCACAACCUCCUGCUCAACUAUGGUCUCUAUCGCAAAAUGGAAGUGUAUAGGCCAUCCAAGGCUUACAGUGAAGAUAUGACGAAAUUUCACAGCGACGAAUAUGUCAAGUUUUUGAAAAGCAUUCGUCCGGACAACAUGCAUGAAUUCAACAAACAAAUGCAACGCUUCAAUGUUGGCGAGGACUGUCCUGUGUUUGAUGGACUUUUUGAAUUUUGUCAACUGUCAGCUGGGGGCUCUAUUGCUGGAGCCGUGAAGUUGAAUAAACAGCAGACGGAUAUUGCUAUUAAUUGGGGAGGCGGUCUCCACCAUGCCAAGAAGUCAGAAGCAUCCGGCUUCUGUUACAUCAAUGAUAUUGUCAUGGGUAUUCUUGAGUUACUCAAGUAUCACCAGCGUGUGCUGUACGUCGACAUCGACAUUCAUCAUGGUGAUGGUGUUGAAGAGGCCUUCUAUACCACGGAUCGCGUGAUGACGUGCAGCUUUCACAAGUAUGGCGAAUAUUUUCCUGGGACGGGAGAUUCCAAAGAUAUUGGUGCUGGUCGGGGGAAAUACUAUGCCCUCAACUUCCCAAUGCGUGACGGAAUGGACGAUGAAUGUUAUGAACGUUGCUUCAAACCGGUUAUCUCCAAGGUAAUGGAGUACUUCCGUCCCGGUGCAGUUGUGCUGCAGUGCGGUGCUGACUCUCUUAGUGGGGAUCGCUUAGGAUGUUUCAAUCUCACCCUUAAGGGUCACGGAAAAUGCGUCGAAUUCAUCCGAUCAUUUCCCAUUCCGCUACUACUGGUUGGUGGCGGUGGGUAUACGAUACGAAACGUUGCCAGGUGUUGGACCUAUGAGACUUCGAUCGCACUGGCUACCGAAAUACCGAAUGAUUUGCCGUACAAUGAUUACUAUGAGUAUUUCGGCCCUGACUUCAAGUUACACAUCAGUCCAAGUAACAUGACAAACCAGAACACGCCGGAGUAUUUGGACAAUAUCAAAGCGAAAUUAUUUGAAAACCUUCGAAUGAUACCACAUUCUCCAAGUGUACAAAUGCAAGACAUACCAAACGACGCCAUUGACAUAGAAGAACAAGAAGCGGUGACCAGAGAUCAUGCGGAUCCGGAUAGACGGAUUUCCAUCAUGGCAGCAGACAAGGCCGUCCAACCAAACAAUGAGUUUUAUGAUGAACCGGAAGAGGGAAGUGGUGCACCCAAAAUUGGAAAAGCGCGUGAUGUCCAAAGUCAUCGCGAUACGCCCAAACGUGCACGCAAUGAUGAAGACUUGAGUCUACCGACUAAGGAUAGCCAGACGAGCAAGAGGACCGAUGCAGCCGGUGACAAGCAGUUUGAGUCAAAGCCAAAAACAUCAGAAAGGACGGAGACAACAGCCGGACAAAAAAGAAAUGGCGUUGUAGAGUCGGAGAACAACGCGUGAUGCGUUGUUUGCGAAGAAAUGCCUGCUCCUCUAGGCUGCAUACUACUGGCUCAUUCGACGCGUUUGUCAUAUUUUCGAAGUCAGUCUGUAUUUUCUAUGGAUUCUCCCUCCCUACUUAACCUACCCUUUCGGUUGUUUACGACAAAGUGUCAGACACCCUACCGUAGUGUGCACACGGUGUAAUUUCUCACGAUUCAGUUCGCUUUUUCAAUUUUUAAAUCUGCAUUUACUCCUUUCGGCCUGCACGUGCCGUGCUGGUUUGUACAGAUAAUGCUGUCCUGUGUAUUCCAAUACUCUUGUGCCAUUGAAUUUGUUCAUCUCGAUUAUUGGGUUUCUAGAGUUUUGUCAGAUCCACAUGAAGCCUCCUGCUCCGGUCGUCCCCUUCGACAUGCCUUUUUUUUACAGCAGCUACAGUAUCGGUUUGCGACCGUGUGCAAAUUUUUAUGUCAUCAAACUCAGUUUGGCUCAGAGCACUCAGCACUGAUCCGUAGUUAUGCUUUGCCAAUGGCCACUCUAUUGGCCUUGUCUAGCCUGAAGUGACCUGGGAGCAUUUCAGUCCUUGUGCUUUCCAUGGGUUAGGUGGCCUCUAAAGGGGCGCCGAAACUGAGUGACUCAAUUAGGGUUUUUACGCCGUGGAAAACGGUGUCUUAUGUAAUCAAUGCAGGAUUCUGGUCUUGAACUUUUUGCAUUAGAUCAGUUUGUUCUCCUUGUUAGUUGACAACCUCCUGCCUUCCAACUCGAUUUGCCUUUUCAUCGGUGAUCAAGAUAGGGAAUGUACCAAAAGAGUACAAACGGUUACACGCGCACUUGACGUACGUCACUGUCCUAGAUCAGUCAAUUACGUACAGAUGUGCGAAGAUGGCGCUGAUGGAUCCGUAUAGAUGGCUAGUUUUCAUCUGGAUGUACUGGUUCAGGACUUCGACUUUACACCCGAUGUUUUUGAUAGCAGUGAAGUUUACACCUUUUUCAGUACUGGCUUGGUGAAUCUACGAGAGGAGAUUUUUUUCAGCACUUUUCGCCACUUUUUCGUGUGCUCAACCAACUCUUGAUUCAUGCUUCAUUUUUUAUGAUUUGAUGCAUGUAUAAGCAAACUGGGAAGCAUACAUUUGUGUCUGGAUCCGGCCCAUAGAACGAUUUAAACUUGAAAAUAAAUGACAUUUUC